AUGAUUUCACCAGUUCUAUUGAGGAUAAGAAUUCCAUCAUUUUUAGAGACAGGAUCAAGUGAUUAUGAUUCCGAUGUGGAGAAAUUAUACAUCACAAAAACUAAAGAAAGUACUGUUCCUUCCAGUCAAUUAUUUAAAGAUAAUAGUUAUUAUGACUCAGCUCCAGAAAAUGGGCUGUAUAAAAUUAACCAGCAAGAACCAUCAACAUCACAAACUGCCGUCUCUUAUAGUUCAAGAAUCCAACCAAUAAUUUCACUGUCUACCAGAGCUAAUAAAUCUGCAGAUGAAAGUGAUCAAGCAUUCAGAAAAUGUGUUAGGCGGUCUUUGGCCAAUCUAAAAUAUGAUACAGAACAUUUUCAUAAACGAUUUGAUGCCCAAGAAUCAUUACUGGAAAAAAUUUUAGCCAAAUUAGAUUCAAAAGGGUCAGCUAUGGCUUCUAAUAAUGAUGAGUAUAAUGAUGUGGCUUUAGGAGUUAUCGACAACGAUGAAGAUCUUAACAAUAUGGAAGAAAAGCUAGUUAAUGAUAAACCAUAUAGAAAUGCAGUGAUUAUAUUACUAUCUCGUUUCGUGGGAAAUACAUUGCCAGAAACAAUACGGAAAAUAAUGCAGCGUCUGUUCACUGACCAAUUUCUUUCAAAAUAUUCUUUUGUCGGAUUUAAGGGCAAACAUCAGUUUUCAACAUUGCAGUGUUGUUCCAUCAUAUAUGAUAUUGUUCGUAAAAUGAAAAAGUUUAAAGAUACGUCUAACAUUGAUAUUGAAAAACCCAUUAAGAACUGGAUGGCCCAAGCAACACCAAGAAUGAAAAAAAUGGCUGAAAAAUCUCUGCAAACUAAUCACGAUGAUGAUAAUUUAAUUGAUAAUAAUACUUGAACUAUAUUUAUGUUUGUAUAUUAGCAUACCUA